AUGGAACAGUUGAAAUUUAGCUCAGGAGCAUUCAUAUGCUUGUAGAUGUUACUACACUUAGGGUGAAGUGAACCUGUGGCAAUUGAAUGAGUAUGAUUUGGAAAGGAACGCAUUUCUUAAUAAAAAGGUCUAACAACUGAUAAUGCAUAUCAGCGCAAAAACCAUACAUUAAGGUGAAUAGAAAAUGCAUUAAGAAGUGAGAAAUAUGUUUGCGUUAAGCCACACAUCUCUGAAAGAGAUGAAAAACUUAUUCUGCUUCAUUGAAGGGUCACAGAAGCAUUUAGUCUUCGUAAACCUUAAUGGAAGAAGUUUGAAACAACCAGAACUCUUCCUUGAUCUAGCCUGUUGGCUAAACUAGAUAAACAUAAAUAAAACACUGUAGCUACAAUGCUGAUAAAUGGAAGAAAACAGUGAUAUAAAAAAGGCUGUAGAAACUUAACAUGCGUUUAUUCUUGCCUGUACAUAUUCAAUAAUAAGAAGUAGUUACAUUUGUUGUUUAUCUUAUUCCAUUUUAAGCAUUUUGCAGUAUGGAAAACUCAUACACAUACACAAACAUACAUUUUAUUAUUACCUAUCAAAUUUGGUCUUUAAUAUCUUUUGUGCUAAUUCAAAUUAAGCAUUAGACUUCUCUGGGAGGAAAAGGCUUAAUGAGAGACUUUGCACAUUGCAUUCAUAUUCUGCUCUUCUUUGACAAGAUUUGCAGGUCUUUUCUCUUUUUUUAAUAGUAAUAAGUUAUAGAAGGCUAAAUAAGUUUAGCCUAUCAUUUAACCACCAGUCUCUGUUGGCAAAGAGCACAAUUUGUGUCAAUUGCAGGUAUUUUCCCCCCUGAUCUUUAGUACCUGCGCACUGAUUAAAAUAAAUUAAUAAGAUUGCAAGUGUAGUCUGAAUGCAUGUGCAUGUUUGCAGCCAGACCCUGGGUGUUUCUCAUUUCUUAUGCGUGCAUCCCAAAAAGGUGUGACCGUGUUUAUUUCAGUUAACUGAGCAUUAUAUUUACAAGACAUACAACAAUUUAUACAAAAGAAUUCACCCAAAAAUUAAAAUUACUAUUAUAUUUUAAUCACCCCUAAGCCAUCCUAUAAGUGUAUAUGACUUUGUCUGUAUUGAUUGGCUGUAUUGAUUAGUCUAUUGUUGUCAUCUUUAAACAUACACAAGAAAGAUUUAUUAGAAAAACGGCACAUAAGCAUUAUUCAAAGAAUAACCAACUUUGCCAAAAAUUUGUUAUCUCAGAUGAGCUUGUCGUCUUUUGUUGUGGUUGUUAUGCAUGAAUCAUGGCAUAUUUCCCAAUAGCAUUGUUAUCUAACUAUGGCGGUAAAUUCCAUUGAACUCUACUGGUAACGACUGGUCAUCAUGACUACCUUAUCUUAAUUAAGUAAUUACCUUCAUCCUAAUUAAUAGGUCUAAUUACUUGGGUGUGGUUUUUUCGGGAUUCACAACACACAUUCUUUAUUUAACCUUGAGGAAAAUUAUGGAUAUGCUUUUAUUUGAUUUAUUUUUAGUUUUGGGAAAAUCUUUUGUUUGGGGUUGAAAACUUCAAGGUAAGCACUAUCAAAUAAUAAAGCCAUGUACUCCGUUUCAGUGUUGCCAAUUUAGCUGUUUUGUAGCUAGAUUAACGACUUCCCCACCUUUUGAGACUUUUCAAAAGUUUAAGGACAAAUAUAUUCAUCUUUAUGUAAUCGAGAGACGUUUUAGCUCUUUCAAAUUUGUUUUAUGUACGUUUCAUUUGGAAUUCUAAAAACAUCUGUAUUUAGUUGCAAAGAAAUUUAUACAAAACUAUCUCUAAAAAUAAGAAUUUGCUUUAGUUCCAAAAACAAAUGUUUUUGGUUCACUUUGACUUGAAAGCUGUUUUUUUUUUUUUUUUUUUGCUUGUUCUAUGCUAUAAGGUAUGGCUGCUAUAGCAACCCAGGAUCCCUCUGGAGGUAUUGCAAGUGUACUCCGUGGAUCGUUGCAUGCACAGGCCCCUCAACGCCCUGGCCCUCUGCCCUCUAGAGUAUUAUACUCUGAUGAGCAGCUCCAGCGAAACCAGCCCUUUUAUAUUCCCACUGUCCAGCCUUUAUUUCCAUAUCAAUGGCCCAUGUCAACUCCAUAUGUACCCUAUGGUGGAUUUCAUGGCUUAGGUUAUGGCAUGAUGCCAUCAUUACUACUACCCCAAUGUUUAGAAGUCCCUGGAUACAUGAUUCCUCAAGCUCAACUGCAUAUGUUGGACUACAGACGUAUGACUCCCCAUGUGGCUCCAACUAUUGCCCACCAAACCCGCCACUCCCAUUUUCAAAAUGGUAUGCCCCCUGGUCGUGUGAUGGUCAGUGCAGAGGUUCAAACCGAACCCCUUUGUCACAGCGUAGACUCCAAUCACCAUGCAAUAUCCCACAAUUGUUCUGAAUCAGGUAGGGGUACUGGCAGUCCAUUGUCAACAUCACCCAGCUGUUUGGAUAACAAAUCGGUAGCUUAUGCUGAAGAUGCAUCCACACUACCUCAAAAUUUCAAUGCCACCAAUGCUAUCAACACUGCUGAUUUGUAUGCUGUCCCUAAGACCGAAAUCCUCCAAGCUGAACGGAUGCAAAUGAAAUCCAACAAAAUGCCUGCUGAGCUUAAGAAUUUUCAGAAUGAGCAUAAUACUGAGAUAGCUAGUCAUAAUGAAACUGACCUUUUGCAGUGCAGCUUGGGUUCCAUAAAAUCUUCAGGGGAUGUUGUUUUGUGCUCUUAUCAAUCAUUAGCAUUUAGGAAGGAUAAACAGAAGAUUGAAUCUGGGAUGGUAAGGUACUCCAGGCAGAAUUGUCGCCCUGCUUGUACAAAAGUUACUGUGGUAAGAUCUUCACCAUCCUGUAGAACGCUUAAAACUUAUCCUAAACCAAGCAGAUCAGUCAUUACCCAAAGCAUCAAAGAAAAGAGUAACUCAGAGAUGUCAUUUCAUCUAAAGAGCAGAGAUGAUGGAAACUCCUCCAAUAACAUGGACUUUAAGAUUCUGCGGUUGCCAUUUGACUUGCAGAACCAUAACCAGCCUUGUCAGCUUGAAGCUUCAGUCUGGUCAUUAGAGUCUCUGAUGCCUUAUGUUCCUUCCACUGAGUGGAUGACAGAGAAUGGUCUUCUAACCCCUCUGAAACCUUUGAGCCCACUAAAUGAACACUCUGGUAUUAUCUCAAAGCCUAAUUAUAUUGCUGAAGGAAAGAAUCUACAACCUGUUGCAUCAGCCAAAUAUCAAGGUCGUCCAUGUCCGCUAGAGGCCUCUAUCUGGUCAGUGGAGUCUUUGAUGCCUUAUGUGCCUUCCAAUGAAUGGAUGGUCAAGAAUGGGUUUUUAACUCCUCAGAAAUGGCUGAACCCACAGGUUAAACCCUGUGAUGUUCAGCCAAAGCAGAACCAGUCUUCCACUAGUAUUCAAGCAAGAAAGAAACUACAAACUGAUGCAUCAAAUAAACAAAACUUCAUUGAGUCCCACUCUCCAUAUCGUCCCUCAACAAGCUGGCUGGCUGACUUUGGUAAUGUAUAUUACUACAGUAAACUACCUGUUGUACGGCAACAACCUGACCUUCCAGAGAAGCAGCUACCAAAGAUGUCCCUAGCCAUUAGUCCUGAAUCAUCUCUCAGAAAUGGGAAAAACACCAACCAAAGACCUGCAAUAAGCAGCUCAGAUCUGAAGCACUGUUCUUUUUCUACUAGCAAGUGCAAAGCAAAAAGCAGUUUAAGGCUUGCUGGAUCUGCAGUGAAGUGUAGUUGGGUUUCUCGUUCCACACUGGAGAAUAAACUUCCCUUCUGCCCAUCAUGUAAAUAUGAAACUAAAGGAAAGGAUCGUAGAAAGUCUUUUUCAGAUAGAUUUAGCUGCAAAAGAGAAGAGAUUACUGAAGAGAAUACAAUUUGCAUGAAAAGGUCAAUUCCAGGCUUCCAUUGUACCCCAAAGAUGACUUCGGGAAGCCGUUUGGUAAAAUCCAGUGCUGUCUACCAGGCUAAACUGAGUGAACAAACUCGAAUGUAUGAAGAUUGCCAAUGCCUUAAUCCUAGCCCUGUUCAAGAUAAAAAUGACCUUGAAUGGAGAAUUUGGAAAAAGACUGAGGAAGACUGGAUUAACAACCCAAAUCAAAGAUUGUUACGGAGGCUGCAGAAAGGUAGGGAUUUUAAAUUCUGUUGCAGAAAUUCUAUAAGUUGUGUAUGUACUCUACAAUCUUACAUAAAUCUUCUGUUAGGCAACGCAUGCAAUGCAAGUAUGCAAGUCUCUAAAAAUGAAAAGGAGGAUCCAGAAAGAAAGCAUACUCUCAAGCGAUAACACAUGAGGACACAAUGUUUAUGGCUACCAGUAGUCAGUGUGCGCACUCUAUGUAGGGUGAACAAUGCAUUUAAUGUCACAUGUUCAAACCCUUCCUACACUCAAAUACAUGUUUUUAUGCAGUUAUUUAAUAAAGUACUUAUGACUGUGAACAUG